GCGAUCAGCACCGAGGACAGCGCAUGGUCAACAAGCCAACGGACCCCCGCUUCGUCCCAGAGCACUCGGCGAGGCUCUUCAACUCCGCACUCCACAGAAAAAUAAGGCUCAUUCUUACAGGAUGCCAGCUCUGUUGUUCCGGAAGUAGCUGCACAAGCCGACCAUUUCGAGGAGGGGGAACCGAGCAGCAGCAGCAGCAGCAGCAGCAUCCUGAUGAUGAGAAUCUAUGUGCUCCAAUAAUCGAUGCCAUCGUUGGUGUUUCAUUGCUGUCGGAUGCAGAGGCGUCUUUCCCUCUUAUCUGGACUCUGACUUGAACAAAACCAAAUCGCAGCGUGCCUUUUUUUUAUUCUUCCGCCUUCCUCCACCUUUUGAUGGCGAGGAUGGCAGACGCGGAGCACUCGGCUGUUUUUGUGUCCCGCUUGGCUGCUGAAAAAUGCAAAUGAUUGUUUUUGGCCAACGGCACUGGAUUCUUUGGACGACAUGGUCUGACGCUUAGAAUGCUGCAUGGGACAGAGGCAUUCUAAACACACCUAAAGCAAUCUGCCAUUUCAUUUUUUUGGAUUAUGAUUGUUGCCAAGAGUCCCAGAUGUGAGUGUGUGGAUGGCAUGUCGUUGUGUUCCUGCACAGCCCGUCUUGAGUCCUCCGCCUCGGCUUUGCUCUCUCUUCCCCUCGCAGUCUUCUGCUAUGGGUAGCAAAACAUGUAGGUUCUUCUCUCCUUCAUGCUGCCAGCCACUCAAUGCACAUGAAGAAAAGCUGUCUUUUUUAGCAGCAGCACGGCAGAAUGGACCGAGCCGAACACGAAUAAUAUUGUCUGGCUCGGCUGGAAGGUAUUGACUACUCGCUGGCUUUAGGAAUGAAUAUUGGGGGGGGGAAAUCUUUCAUCCGUAUCGCUUUUGACAUACAUCAGUGGAUCAUUAGGUCCUCUAUAAUUAAUAAUUGGGCGUCUCAAUAUAAGAAGGAACACAAAUAAUUAGUUAGUUUCCGUCUUUAUGUAGCCAACCAAACAUGUUCAAGUAUCGGAUCCGCAUGUUUUUCAACGAACUGAAAGUGCUGGUGUUUAUGCGAUCCGAAUCGAGACAGUCCGACCCAGAGAGACGUUCCACCGCCAUGCGAGGUUUGGGGAUGGGCGGCUGCGGCUGGCCGCCUUUCGUCGACUGCCAUUCCCGGGACGACGACGAGGAGUACUACGGCAGCGACCCGCGGCCCCGGAGCCUGGCCUUUGAGGACAAGGAGCCCAAGCUGCAAGUGGGCCUGGACGCCGUGUCCCUGGCCAGCACCGCCAGCAGCCUGCGAACCCCACAGUGCCGGAUCUGCUUCCAAGGCCCUGAGCAGGGCGAACUGCUGAGCCCUUGCCGGUGUGAUGGGUCUGUGCGCUGCACCCAUCAGCCCUGCCUCAUCCGUUGGAUCAGCGAGAGGGGCUCCUGGAGCUGUGAGCUCUGCUACUUCAAGUACCAGGUUUUGGCCAUCAGCACUAAAAACCCACUGCAGUGGCAGGCCAUCUCUCUGACAGUGAUAGAGAAGGUGCAGAUAGCGGCCAUUAUCCUGGGCUCUCUGUUCCUCAUUGCCAGCAUCUCCUGGCUCAUCUGGUCCUCCCUCAGCCCCUCGGCCAAGUGGCAACGUCAGGACCUGCUCUUCCAAAUCUGCUAUGGCAUGUACGGCUUCAUGGACAUCGUCUGCAUUGGCCUCAUCAUUCACGAGGGAUCGUCAGUGUAUCGGAUUUUUAAAAGAUGGCAGGCUGUCAACCAGCAGUGGAAAGUUCUGAACUAUGAGAAAUCUAAAGACCUGGGUGAUCCGGUGAGUUCAGGCGGCAAGGCGGGUUCUCGUGUCUCUCGUGGUACUCCCCAUGGGCUGGCCGGCGGCAGCGCAGGCCGCCAGGGUAGGAGGCUGAGAACUAUUCUGAACCACCACUGUGGAUAUACCAUCUUGCACAUCCUGAGUCAACUGCGGCCCAAUGACCCGCGAAUCAGUGCCGCAGCCAACCGGGAGGUGGUGAUGAGGGUCACCACCGUAUGAGGCACAGUCUGGGUGUGCAGUGGGAGGAACCUCGCCUUUAAGUCCGGAUGUAAAUGAGCGGAGGGACCUGAUAUGAAAAAUGAAAUAGUAAAAAGACUCGCAGAGGAAGCAAAUUGAUGCCCGGAGCAUCAACAACACACCAAGACACUCGCCAGGAGUUCUCCUGUUGUUUCUUACAACUAAGGGAAGCCAGAUGCUCCUUUUCAAUAAUGAAGGAAAUGAUGAAAAAAAGGACAAAACACAUUUAAAAGACAUCAAGGAAGGAAGGAAAGGAGGGAGGUGGCGUAAACAGGCUUUAUAACCUAAUCCAGGAUGAUGAGAUGUUUUUUUCCAGUUCAACAUCAGGAUGCACAGAGACGUUUCUUUUCGUUGAUCCUCUCAUUUGAUUUGCAUCUCUACUAGUUUUGUUUUUUACUCAAACUUUGAUUUUGUACGGAUGUAUGAUUUUACAAGAAAUCAUGUAACUCCUUACAUGCCAAGCAUCUCCAGACACCUGUGUAUAAUUAUUGAUUUUAACAAACCUACCGACGCUGGGCAAUAGACCGAAAACUGAAAGAAAACGAAUAAGUCUAGUAAAAAGAAAAAUUAAAAAAAAUUAAUAUAUACAUCAAUGAGAUUUAAAUAACACAUACUUUCUCUGCAAUAAAUACAUUAUAUGUACAUUUCACAGGGAAUUUUGCAUGGGUAUACCAUUUUAUUUAUCACAUACCAUUAGCACAUGACACAUUUGCUGUUUCGAAUGGUGCUUGCCAAAAUAAACACUUUGAAAACAUUGGAUUCCAUAGCACCAACUUUUAGUCAACGUGACAAAUGGCAGUGUUUUACAGCUAUUUCAGCUAAAGUACAGAUUGUUGCUACUGCUGCUGCUGCUGUGAGUCAGAUUUGAUAAGUAAACUAUUGGAUUAAAAGUGGGAAUCAAAGAUCUCUUA